GGCAGCUUCCCCAGCAUGCUGCAGAACGAGGUCCUGCUGUGCUUCGCCUUCUACAGCACCAUCCUGAUCGUGAAGAUGUUCGUUGUUGCCAUCAUCACCGGACAAGUGAGGCUCAGAAAGAAGGCCUUUGCCAACCCCGAGGACGCUCUGCGCAAUGGGGGGCUGCAGUUCUGCCGCCAGGACCCCGCCGUGGAGCGCUGCCGCAGGGCCCACCAGAAUGACAUGGAGAACAUCUUCCCCUUCCUCUUCCUCGGGGCCAUCUACUCCCUGCUGGAUCCCAGCCCUGCAGUGGCCAGGAUCCACUUCCUCAUCUUCUGCCUGGGGCGCAUCGUCCACACCAUCGCCUACCUGCUGCAGAUGAGGGCCCCCACACGCUCCCUGGCAUACAGCCUGGCACAGCUGCCCUGCUUCUCCAUGGCUCUGCAGAUCCUCCUUGCCACCACCCCGUACUGGUAA